GGAAACGGAAAUAAAUCAAAAGCAGCAAAUUUUUCCUACUCCUAUUAUUAUACUUAUUAUUAUCCUCAUCAUCUCGAUUUCAGAGCUAUAAUAUUAACCCUUAAACAUUUGUAUCUACUAUUGUGAGACUUUAGCGGUAUUUUGGCGUUUUGAAUCCAGCAGGCGUGUGUUUUAACAGCACUACGGCGCAUCACUAGCCCUCGUCCCGCACCAGGGAGUGACACACAAACACAAUGGAAGGACAGAGGCAGCAUUGAUAAGACCGCUACUACAUCUGUGCCUUUAACCAACCUGCUAAUGAAGCGGCACUAAUGUGAAUCUGCUAUAUUUGAAGUGCAGGCCGGUGAUGCAUUGAGAAUCGAUAUCCGCUGUGAUAAAUGCAUCCGAAUCUGCAGCAGGGGCAUUAGGAGUUUAUUAUCUUUAGAUUUCAGAUCUGCAAUGGAUUUCCCUUACGACCUGAAUGCGCUUUUCCCCGAGAGGAUUUCAGUGUUGGAUAGUAACUUGAGUGCAGGUCGGAAAGCGCAUGGGAGACCAGAUCCUCUUCCACAGGUCACCACAGUUAUAGACGAGCUAGGCAAAGCUUCCUCGAAGGCCCAGCAGCUGCCUGCGCCUAUUACCAGUGCUGCAAAGCUCCAGGCCAACAGACAUCAUCUCUACCUCCUGAAAGAUGGAGAACAGAACGGCGGGAGGGGUGUUAUAGUUGGAUUUCUGAAGGUUGGCUACAAGAAGCUCUUUUUACUUGACCAACGGGGGGCGCAUUUGGAGACCGAGCCAUUGUGUGUGCUGGAUUUCUAUGUGACAGAGACCCUACAAAGACAUGGCUAUGGCUCAGAGCUCUUCGACUUCAUGCUAAAACACAAACAGGUGGAGCCUGCGCAGAUGGCGUAUGAUAGACCAUCGCCUAAAUUCCUGUCAUUUCUUGAAAAACGUUAUGAUCUCAGAAACAGCGUGCCUCAGGUCAAUAACUUUGUGGUGUUUGCUGGGUUCUUCCAGAGUAGAUCAGGAACACCUCCCUCCCCUCUGACGGAUCAGGGGAUGUAUGGAUUUUUCGGUCCAACUGAGAAAAGUUCCCCCAAGAAAGCCAGAGGGAGAGAUCAAACCUUAUUCGCUAAUGGAAAGAGAAGUGGUUCGGGAGGAGCAGAGGGUUCUCCCCUGGCCAUUUGUUCGCCCCGGGGGUCCCCCCCACUCUCCCCCUCUACUUCCGUCAUCUCCUCAAUCCCGUUCUCUCAGUGUGGGAUCCUCCCCCAGCCGGGCCCCGCUUCGCCCCGCCGCGGCCACGGUCCUCCAGCAGGGUCAGACCCCCUCAUCCCCGCUCAACGACAGCUGCAGGGCAAAACGCACCAGUCAUCAGGGUCUAGUUGCCAGGAGCAACCUCUACAGUCGACAUUUCACCAGCCGAGACCUUGGGCAGUUAUUGGCGGAACGGCAGAAGCUUCCAGUUGUCGUAUGUGUUCCUCAGGGCUGAAAGUGUGUGACACAGAGGCAAAGGCAGAGGCAGAGGAACACAAACGCAUUUCUGAAAGACCUCAUUUUCAAAGCCAGAUUGUGUCUCCUCCGACGCUUGCCAGUUCCCAGAAAGAUGAUCUUCAGAAUCAGACCUCCAUAGAAGAAGAUCCAAACAUUGAGCCGAAGACUACUAAAGUGUCGCAGAAAACAGCAGACGACUGGAGGAAAAGUGAAGCGUCUGAGCUCUCGAGGGCUGGAGGAAGAAGCGGAUGGUCUUGGACGGUUGGAGAGAGUCACUAUACGGCUCAAUGGGUCCGACAGAAACAAGAGUAUCGCAGUACACGACCCUGGUGAUGGAAAUCAUAUAUACAGUGGGAGAAAUAAGUAUUGAACAUGUCACCCUUUUUCUCAGAAAACAUAUUUCUAAAGGGGCUGUUGAUCUGAAAUUGUCACCGGAUGUUGGUUACAACCAAAUAAAUUCAUAUAUGCAAAGAAAACAAAGCUAAUUACCUUACAAAUUAAGUUAUGUGUUAUAAAAUAAAAGGAAAAAGCAUUGAACACAUGAAGAAAGGGAGGUUUAGAAAGGCAGGGAAAGCCUCACAGUAGCUAUUUAGCAACACUCUGCCUUUCGUCAUUGUAAGUAAUAUCCGCUGCUUCAGUCCAGCAUCUACAUUACCAGGAUGAUCAAGAUGAAACCAGAGUUGACAUUUCAGCAAG